GUGAUGUAUUGAUGUACUGUUUCUUGCCUUAUCGCCCGGCCGUCCGGCUGCAACUCAAGCUCGCCUUAUCUUGUCUCGGUCUCGUCUCGCGGUCCCCAUCUGUGCUGGCCCCCCUCCCGCCUCCUACUGGCCCCGUCUGGGCUUUUUGUGGCCCUCGCUCCUCAACAGAGACCGGAUUCGAUGACUGACUCCUGACUGAGUGAGGAGCGGGCGGUCCUGACACGCUUCCUGCUCUCCUGCUCCUCCGCGGCCAGGAUACUCGUGUUUCCCCAUACGUCUAGUCUAUUACGCAGCACGAACCACAAGGGACCCUUUCUGCCAGGGUCCCUCCAGUCCCAUCCAUCCCCUCGCGUCGCGGCUCUCAACAACCCACCCCGACCGCGAAAGCACGGUACAAAUUUGUCCCAUGGGGCGAACCAGCAUGCCGGCUGGAGACACCACGGGGUAUCGAGCCCUCCCUCGUGGGGUGCGCCGGUCCUGCUCGCGAACUCGACCGGGGCCGCCGGCCGUCUUCGUAGAAAAUAAAUAGACGGCUCUGCCAGACGUUCCCUCCUUUCCC